GGCCGUUAAUCAGUAAUGGCCCCUCGGGGGCGCACUUUGGAACAGCAAAUAUUUGCUGCAGGCUCUCAGCUGCCCGCUGCCCGCUCCCCAACCUCUGCCUUCGCCCUGAACGAAGGACCUUCCCAGGCACCCGGGGGCACCCAGACUGGAAGCCCCGCUGCUGAAGAGCAGCACUCGCUCGGCCUCCACGCUGACCGGAUGGCGGCGGUACUGCGCCUCCUGCUCCCCUGCCUCCUGGCCCGGGUGUGGCUGGUGCCCGGCACGGCCCAGGCGAGGCCACAGACCCCUGCUGUCCAGAAUGAGACUUCCCAGGAAGUGCAGGCCCCAGAGGAGGAGGAAGAGGAGCCCUGGCUGAUGGCCAGUGGGCACCAGCUCUCUGAACAGACCUCCAACUUGGGGUUCAGCCUGCUACGCAAGAUCUCCAUGAGGCAUGAAGGCAACGUGGUCUUCUCCCCGCUCGGCCUGUCCUUGGCCAUGGCGGCCCUGAUGCUGGGGGCCACGGGGCAGACCAGAGCCCAGCUGGAGGGCGUGCUCAGCCAGACGGGGCCCGGGGACCUGCCCGCCUUGUUUCGGCGGCUCAGACAGCACCUCUCCCGCAACCAGGAGCUGGGCCUCACCCAGGGGAGUCUGGCCUUCGUCCAGGAAGACUUUGACGUCAAAGGGCCCUUCCUCAAUUUGUCCAAGAGGUAUUUCGAUACCGAGUGUGUGACUGUGAAUUUCCACAAUGCCUCGCAGGCCAGAAAGCUCAUGAAUCAUUACAUGAACCGGGAGACGCAGGGGAGAAUCCCCACGCUCUUCGAUGAGGUCAAUCCCGACACCAAGGUCAUCCUCGUGGACUACGUCUUGCUCAAAGGGAAGUGGUUGACCCCCUUUGACCCAGUCUUCACCAAGGCAGACACUUUCCACCUGAACAAGUACAAGACGGUUAAGGUGCCCAUGAUGUACAGUGCGGGCAACUUCGCCUCCACCUUUGACGAGAGACUCCGUUGCCACGUCCUCCAGCUGCCCUACCGAGGGAACGCCAGCAUGCUGGUGGUGCUCAUGGAGAAGAUGAGCGACCACCUGGCCCUGGAGGACUACCUGAGCACAGACCUGGUGGACACGUGGCUGAGGAACAUGAGGACCAGACACAUGGAAGUUUUCUUCCCGAAGUUCAAGUUGGAUCAGAAGUAUGAGAUGCAUGAGCUGCUUAAGCAGAUGAGAGUCACGAGAAUCUUCUCACCCUGGGCCAACCUGGGCGAGCUGUCGGCCAUGGCGAGAAACCUGAAAGUGUCUCAGAAGAAUUCUGGGCGAUCUUUGAGAGGAAGAAGGUCAAGAGUGAUCGAGCGGACGGAUCACAGGAGGCCAGAAAAGGAAGGCACCGUGGCAGGUAAACCAGAGGCAACCCUGUCAUUUUACCGACGAGACAUGAGGCCCAGAGCACUGAGCGGAACGUCCACAGCUGCUUAGCGGCCCUGGAGCGGGCACAGGCUCCAGCUCCGUGCUCUCUGCAGACAUGACCCUCUUCUGGCUCAGUCCUCAUGACUUUUAAAUGGAUCAACCACAGUAUAAUCAUUAGAGCAACUGUUCCAAAGAGCAUUCUCUGUAAAUAAAACUAUCCUCUAUAUUAACGUUACUAAUUUGUAAUCUCAAUAUCAUUUUUUUCUGUUUCCUAUUACUUUUUUCUAUGAUACAUGAUCCUACUCUUUCCUUGAGCUCCUUUCCAUAAAUUUGAAUGAAUCUUACAUACACCUAUAUUUAUAUAUACCGGUGGGCAAUUAGAAA